AUGACAACAAACCUCGCCGCCAUCGCUGGCCCGAGCAGGUACAACCAAGUCCCAAAAAUCGAGCCCGUCUCUCCCCUCAACUCUAUCAGCACUACCCCCAACAACAACGAUGCCGACGGACCUGCACCUCCCCUCCCCGCUGGUGGCGUCUCCAAGCCCGGCCUCAGCGUAGGAGAGAACGGCGAGGUCGUCAAGGUCCCCGCCUUCCUCAACAAGCUGUACAGCAUGGUCUCUGACCACGACACGGACAACUUGAUCUACUGGGCCGAGUCUGGAGACUCCUUCUUUGAGCUCCUUCCUCGGUUCUUCAAGCAUGCCAACUUUUCGUCGUUUGUUCGCCAGCUCAACAUGUACGGCUUCCACAAGGUCCCGCAUCUUCAGUCCGGCGUCCUUAAGAACGAAUCGCCUUCGGAGCUGUGGGAGUUUGUCAACCCGUUCUUCAAACGAGACCAGCCGCACUUGCUCGCCCGUGUAACCCGAAAGAACAACCGACCAGCGGCCUCCUCUGCCCCGACACCGUCUCAGGGAUCCACCGGAACUCGGUCAUCUGCUCGGCAAGCAGCCGCCAACGCACUGUCCAGCAAUGGCGUGCAUCUGCUUACCGACGGCACUAUCGAGGGUGAGGCUGGUCAGUUGGUCGGCCCGAGUGGGCAGCUCGCCGAUCUGCAUGCCAUUCAAAACGGAAUCAAUGCAAUCCGCCAAACUCAGGCUGCAAUCGGCGCCGAUCUCAAGGCACUCCAGGCAUCCAACGAGCACCUCUGGCGAGAGGCUCUCGAGACUCGCGACAGGCAGCAGAAGCAUGAGGAGACGAUUGACCUGAUCGUGACGUUUCUUGAGAGGUUGUUCGGCACGGAGGGUGAGGGGCUGAAGGGGCUGAAGGAGGCCAUGCGAAGAGGCGGAAUGGGCACUCGUGGGCGGGAGGAGUCGGCCAGUGAUGACACCUCGAUCAAGAAGCGCAGGCGAUUGAUGAUCGAGGCAGCCGAUGCGGUCGCCAAGGGGGACGAGACGGGGCGUUUCGUCGAGGUUCAGAAACCCACCGCUACAAUUGAGCCUUUCUCGACGGCGCCGAGCUCGACACGGUCUAGCGAGUCGUGGUCGACGGGACAGCGGUUCCAGUCGCUGCCGACGGACGACGAGGCGUCGCCCAAGUCUCAGCCGCGGUCCAACUCGCUCAAGCAGGGCGCCACCCCCGCCGGCGAGCAGACGCUGCACCAGGCCGCCAUCUCCCCCAUGUCCGACGCUCCGGAGCUGCCCAAGGCGGCUGGUCCCGCCCGUCCUCCGGCAAACGGCAACGACGCUACCGGCCUCAACCUCGACUCGAACCUGCUGCAGACGACGAUCGGUUCGCUGCUGCAGAGCCCCGCCGCGGCGCAAAUGUUCCUCAACUCGCUGAACGCUUCCUCGCAGGGCCAGGCGCUGGCUACCCCGCAAAAGGGUGUCAAGCCCUCCCCGACGAUUGGCGGCGAGCAGUCGGCGGACCCGACGCUGGCUCUCUUCUCCCCGCUGCCGAACCACGACGGUCUCGUCAACAACCAGCACGAGCUGCUUGGCGCGUAUCAGAAGGCGGUCGGUGUCAACAACGACGUCAACAAGCUGCAGGAGAGCAUCGACUCGCUCGUCCGCUCGAUGGGUCUCGACCUCCCCGACCAGCAGAACCCUCACGAGCCCAUGCCAGUGAGCUGCGGCCCGGAGGGAGCGUACACCGACGGCGACUUUAACGUGGAUGAGCUGCUCGACCAGUUGACAGCGAACAACGAGCACCCUGUACCGGCGGACGCGAGUGCUUAA